AUGCCAGCGUCACCACAGCUGCCACAGCACUCGCGACAGUCAUCUGUUGCCGAUGACCAUAGCGAUUUAGCAAAUGCCCGCAGACAUUCUAAAUCGUCUGUCAGUGACGUUGCGACCCCAUUCCGCAAUAGCCUUACACACCAAGAUACACUGGACAUCAGCAUACUCACAAGCGGGGGUGGCCAGGCCAGCAACGGCAUGGGAAACUUGGCAGACGAGCUCGCGGAUGCCUUUUCAGACUCUGGCGAAGAAGACGACGGCGUCCUGGGCGAAUUUUCAGGCGACGGAGACAACGGGGGAGUCUUGAAGCUUGCCGGUACUCGCGAUUGCGGAGUUGACGUGAAUGGUACUGCUGCCAGCGAUGGAGAGAAGACCAAAGACGCUAAGCUUGCUGUCCCCUCCCCCCCGAGACGUGGGCACCAGAGGAAAGGGAGCGAAUAUGAUGGCAGUGAAUAUGGCUCUGAAUCCGAUCUAGAUGCUGCUGGUUUCACUGCGAAUCUACUUGCUAGAAUCGAUGCUGUGGAGUCUCUGGUUCGUCGUGGAACAGAAAGUUAUGGCGGACCAGAAGAUGAGGUCUUUAAACGAGUAACCAAUAGCUUGCGUGACUUAGGGUCGCAGUCAAGCGUUGAGGGGAAUGCAUCACGGCUCAUCACAGCGCAUACGGCGCUUACUACCCACCUUGCACACCAGACUCGUCAGCUCCAUAAUCUGACCUUCCCUCUGUUGUCACCUUUGGCAUCUGCACCUGACCUCGAUACGAUCGACGACUUAUUGCCUCUUUUAGUGUCGCUGCUAGAAGCCAUGCCAACACCUUCAACCGUUGCCUUCAACUCCUUAGCAGCACUGCAUUCUGUGACAGCCGAACUGAUACAGACCUUGAGCUAUCUAUCCGACACUCUCCAUAUGUCCCGACAAACUGUUACCACGGCAACUCGCAGACUGAAGAGCUCGAGAGAACUAGUUGCCGAGCUGAGGAGAGAUGAGGAGCUAAGAGAAGAGGGAGAAAGGUGGCUUGCUCGGGGAAAUUGGGGUGAGAGAUUGCAGAAACGAGAAUGCGCAGGUGUUUGCGGAGAAGUCAUCGGCGGUUUCGAGGCGCCAGACAUGAUCACAUUUAUAGUAAUGAUGAAUUAUUCAACGUCAUUGCACAUCUGCUUCAAGCGCAGAUCAACUGCUCAUCUGGCGCGCAAGACGCGAUCUGUGUCGCGCCAGUUUCGCGUUAAGAGUACGACAAUGACCCAUGCCGAGCUAUUUUUCGUGAUAACAAUGGGUUUCAUGGUAGAUCGCCGCCAACGGCCCGUUCUGCAAGCCCGAAUACGAGGACAGCGUGUCGCGAAUCCUCCUGCUAUUAGCUGGACAAACAAUGAUACUCAAAAACUGGUGAUAGAGAAGGAAACUAAUUCUGCACUUGCCGCGACACGACACGAGGAGAGCUUGACAGUUCAAAACAACGUCCUAAUGCAUCCAGUACCUAUUUACCGCAGUACUGGUGGCCUAAGCUGGCGCGCCUGGGGAGACCCAGCGAUCCUGACAGGACCACCCACCACUGUCUCGCCCCGUAACCGCCUCCUCCCGCCCCCCAAGUUCCUUACCCAGACUUCAACCUCCCUCGUUCAUCAACUCCCCCGACUGUGCUCAGAGUCAACGCUUAUUGGUCCUUGGACUACCUUCUCGCUUUUGGAAGCAGAUGACACAGCGAUCAAGAUAGGCGUGCCAUAUCUAACUCUUUUCUCUACUGAGUUUACCUGUGACGAGCAGCAGCCCGUUGAUUGCAUCUACCAGCGCGUUUGCGCCCUCUACGACCGGAAACCUCCUGCUAUGAGCGAAGAAAAGUCUUCGUCCGUUGGGAGUGCGCAAGCAUCCUCGCCACUACCUGGUGGACGUGGGCGCUUAGAGGCACGCAGCUCUGUGGACACAACUUCAGCUCGUCGUAUUCGCGAUGGGCUAGGCAAUCGGGAUUCAACGAGGACAGCACGCUUUGAUACAGAUUCUAUCGAUAGUGCUCUGGCAAGGGAGAUGCAUCGCUCGCACCGGGAAAGCACGCCAGGCGCCAGCCCACGACGAAAGCGCCAGAGGAUCAAUGGUGAUAGGUUUAUUCCGAGCCGCUCCGGACAAGAUUUGCAGGCUAGCUUUAGUUUACUCCAUGAGGACGGCUCGCCGGCAACGUUAUCGAGGCAAAAGAAGCGGACGCCACAUGGCGAGCUACAUUUUCAAAAAACGGAGGAGGCAAAUCGAACAUUUUCGACACUGCUACGCGCAGAGAUGUUCGAGAGCUCCGUGCCACAGGCAACAUCAUCCCAUUCACCAGACAAUUCGCUCCCGAACACUUCAAGAAUAAACCCUGCUGAUGGCACACGGUCUCACACGCCACCGAACAAUACUCCGACCACUUUACUCCCAUCCUCGCUCACCCCAUCGACUCCACACAAGAAUCUCUUUACAUACAUGUCUCCUAGACAUCACCGUAUCGCUGGUCAUCCUACCCCCACCAAGACGCCUCAGAGCCGUCAUGGGCUAAACCUAGAUACUCGGGCGGAAAUUUACAGCUUAUCACCGGUACGAUUGGGCAGCCAACAAAUGCUGCUUAGCCCUCGAAAGCAACCACGCUCAGUCAAUAAAGUCCCUUAUAAGGUUCUUGACGCACCAGAGCUAGCUGAUGAUUUCUACCUCAACUUGGUAGACUGGGGCAGUGCAAAUGUACUCGGUGUGGGCUUAGGAUCUAGCGUGUAUAUGUGGAAUGCGCAAACAAGCAAGGUGAACAAGCUUUGCACGUUAGAAGACGACACUGUCACGAGCGUAUCCUGGAUACAAAAGGGAACCCAUAUCGCGAUUGGAACUGGCAAGGGUCUCGUGCAGAUUUGGGAUGCUGAAAAGACUAGGCGGUUGAGGACGAUGACAGGUCACACAGCUCGGGUAGGCUCUUUGGCGUGGAACUCACACAUUCUUACCUCAGGCUCCCGCGAUAGGCUCAUCUAUCACAGAGAUGUCCGGGCGCCAGACCAAUGGCUAAGAAAACUCGUUGGCCAUAAGCAGGAAGUUUGCGGCCUCAAGUGGAAUUGCGAGGAUGGACAGCUUGCCAGUGGCGGCAACGAUAAUAAACUCAUGGUAUGGGAUAAGCUGUCAGAAACGCCGCUGUGGAAAUUUUCGGAUCAUACCGCUGCAGUCAAAGCAAUGUCGUGGUCACCGCACCAGCGUGGAUUGCUCGCGUCUGGAGGCGGUACGGCGGACCGGCGGAUUAUCUUCCACGAUACAGUCAAGGGAUCCGUCAUCAACGAAAUCGAUACCGGAAGCCAAGUUUGUAAUCUGGCUUGGUCGAAAAAUUCGAAUGAAAUCGUCUCGACUCACGGCUAUAGCCAAAACCAAAUUGUUGUCUGGAAGUAUCCUUCAAUGCAGCAAGUUGCAAGUCUUACCGGCCACACAUACCGCGUUCUCUAUCUUGCAAUGAGCCCUGAUGGGCGAGUUGUGGUGACAGGAGCCGGCGAUGAAACACUUCGAUUCUGGUCGGUGUUCGGCCGAAGACCAGGCACUAAAGAAGACGGAGAAGCCAGCGGUGGGAAACUGGCAGACUGGGGUAUUAUUCGAUAG